AUGAAGGCAGGAGUAGUUGCGGCUGUAGGCGCGGCGGUGGCAGCGACGGCUGCGACUGCAUUCUACGCCGGGGCACGCUACGCGGCGGGCAGCCGGAGCGAGUCGACGGCUUCGACGAGGACGGACACCAAGACAGGGGCAGGGGCAGGGGCAGGGGCUGGAGCUGAGAGCGUGGGCGAUGGAGGGAUCGGCGGAGGAUGUGAUGCGGACGAUGAGCUCCUUCAUGCGCAGCAGUUCAAGCGUUGCGUGGCGUUCCUGGGCGAGGAGGGCUUUGGCCGGCUGCGUGGGGCGACGGUGGUGGUGGUGGGAUGCGGCGGCGUCGGCUCGCACUGCGCGCACAUGCUCGCGCGAUCAGGGGUGGGUACGCUUGUGCUGAUUGACUUUGACCAAGUGACACUCUCGUCGCUCAACCGCCACGCGACGGCGACGUGGGCGGACGUGGGCAAGCCCAAGGUGACGGCGAUGGCGGCGGCGUUUGCGGCGUCGGCGCCGGCUGUCAAGGUUGUGGCCAAGCCACUGAUGUUCACAGGCGAGGCCGCAGCCGAGCUGCUGCUGGGCGCGGGCGGUGAGGCGCCGGACUUUGUCAUCGACUGCAUCGACAACCGCAAGACCAAGGUCGACCUGCUCAUGUACUGCACCGACAACGACAUUCCAGUGGUGUCGUCGAUGGGCGCCGGCGCGCGGGCGGACCCGUCGCGCAUCCGGGUGGCAGACAUCAUGGAGACGUCGGCUGACGCGUUUGCACGGCGGCUCCGUGCCGAUCUGCGCAAGCGCGGCCUGACCAAGCCUAUCCCGUGCGUGUACUCGACUGAGCCGGCCGGCUCGACGCUCGCGCCACUGCCGGCCGAGGUCGCGGCGGCACCCGACGAGUACACCCUCUUCCCGGACCUGCACUUUCGGGUCUCGAUCAUUCCGGUCCUCGGCAUGGUGCCGGCCAUGUUUGGCAACGCGCUCGCGGCAUUUGUCGUCAUGGAGAUCAGCCGCCCCGUCGAGCCGGUGCCGGACGAGGUUGCGCUCGACCCGGAUGCGCCGGCGUCCAAGACCCGCGAGACCGAGGCGGAGCGGUCGCCGCUCGGGGCCGAGCUCGACGCCGCCUUUCCGGGCUGGACCUUUUCCAAGGCCGACGCCAAGUAUGUGGCCAUCGAAAUGUGGCACAAUGUGUCGGCCCGGCGUGGGCACGCCUCGCGCCGGCUCACACUUGUUCGGUGGGAUCCGGCGGCGCCAUCGGUCCCGGCCAACCUCGUGCUUGUCACCCGGAAAGAGGCCAAGGCCAUGAGCGCCGUCCCGCUGGCCGAGCGCGCCGCCCGCUAUGGCACCGACUGGGUCGCCUGGGUCGAGUCGCGCCUCGCCAUGGGCCGCGCCUACAUGGAGCGCGUCCGCGACGAAGCCGCCGCCAUGGCCAGUGCCGAUGCCGACGCGUAG